AUGCCCAGCAAAAGUGGACGAGUAAGAAUGCCAGCAGAUAACAGACUGCCUGUUUCAGCAUCCUUAAAAACAUCAGAAAUAUGGAAGAAUUCAGUGGGAUAUGAUCCAUAUGCAUCUUAUGAAGAGAUAAAUAAAAAGAAAGAAAAGAAAGAUGAAGAAAUUAAUGAGAAGGCAAAGAAUUUAUUUAAUCUUUCUAGAUUAACAGGAAAUACAUCCACAACAAUUCCAGGUGCAUGUACUGUGUGUAAUCAUAUAGGACAUUUGCCUUACCAAUGUAGAAAUUUUUUAAGUUUAGAAAAAUUUGAUAUUAAUAAUAAUAUGAACAAUAAUGAAGAGGAUGAUAUAAAGGAAAGGAAAAAUCUGGGACUUAUGAGUAGUGACGAGGAGGGAGAUAGUGAUAGUCAUAGUGAUAGCCAUAGUGAUAGCCAUAGUGAUAGUCAUAGUGAUAGUCAUAGUGAUAGUCAUAGUGACAGUCAUAGUGAUCGUCAUAGUGAUAGUCAUAGUAAUAGUCAUAGUGAUUAUUCAUAUAAGAAAAAAAAACAUUCGCAUCAUCAUUCAAAAUAUAAAAAAAAACAUUCACAUCAUCGUUCAAAAAAUAAAAAAAAACAUUCUCAUCAUCAUUCAAAAAAAAAAAAAAAACAUUCUAAUGAUUAUUCAAAAAGAAAAAAAGAAAAACACAUAUCGAAUGACACACAUAAAAGUGAUGAAAAACAUCGCAAAUAUAUAAAUUCCAAAAAAAAAAAAAAUAAAAAAGAAAAA